AUGCCUAUAGGAGGACGGCGUGCCGGAGGUGGGUUCGGAGGAAGGCGGGCUGGACAUGGAUUUGGAGGUCACGGGUUCGGAAACCGCGGCAUUGGAGGUCAUGGUUUCGGAGGCCAUGGGAUAGGAGCUCGGCACCAUUUUCAUAAUCGGAACAACCUGUUCAACAACCGACGUCAUCAUCGUGGGGGUAACUUCAACCACGGACCCGUCAACGUUGGUAUACAGUGGAACAACCAAAAUGGUGUCAACACUAUCUCAGUCGUCGAUGGGCCUGGUAUAGGCGCUCCCAGACAGACGUCAUCAACUGCCGGCAUCCUCGUAGUUUUGGCGAUACUGGGCACCCUUGGCCUCAUAGUCGGCGCAGUUCUUGGAAUUGUAGGAGAUUGGGCGUACAGUUUCUUGGGCAUCGCCGGAAUAGUUGGCAUUGUAAUUGCAGGGAUAUGCUGGAGUGUUAUACUCCUCAUCGUAAUCUGUCUCGCCGUUAAUCAUUCAGACACACCGCCACCAAAUGCCGGGGAAACUCAAGCUACAGUUCCUGUCCAGAACCAGAUGGUACCCACCGUAACCAUACAAGGAGGGCCAUCGACUUUAGCCUCACAAGGUGUGGAUACCACAUCCUAUGUCAUCCAGACCAAUGAAGUACUACCUGGAGGACGCAACAUGGCACCGCAGACUUUCAAUAUACAGGUCCCACCAAACACAGCCCAGUCAUUCCAAAAUCUGCUACAAAACUACCCAGGGUCACCCAACCCAUCCCCUGUACCAAACGAAUCUCUCCCGUACAUGCCCUACCCACCAACCUCGAGUAACCAGCCAGGCGUAGACCCUACACCCAUAAACCCUGGAGUUAACAUGGCUACGGCACCGCCAAUGGGCUACCCAAUCGCCCACCCUACACCACCCGAUACCAGCAACAAGGGCGUGGUCGAAUCCAGCCCAGAGAAAGAAGACAUGCCCCCUCCCCCGUCAUAUGAUGAUGCAGUAACGGGAAAGGUGGAACUAAACGAGACCAGUGAUGCUGGGAAGACCUAAGGUUACGGAGUUCCCUGGUUUUAAUGUGCCGAUAUUAAGAGUCGACGACAGGGGGUGAUUUCAAGUUCAGUGUUGACCUUUGGUGUUGGUGUUAGGUCAA